AUGGAAAGCAGAAAUGAACAACGCAAAGAAUACAGAAGCACGGGUAAAAAUUAUCUGGACCAACUUGAUAGUGAAGAAAAAUUUGCUCGUGCAUAUCAUUACUAUCUAGAAAAGCAAAUGAAUCACAAGUUUGAUAAAUUGGAUUUGUAUAUGGGAGUAUUAUUGGCAUUGAUCAAUCAAUUAACAGUUUUUUUAUAAAUCUUAUCAAACUGUUAACAAUACUUACCCUCCGAAACUAUCAACAAUUGGUGGUGCCAAGACUGCGGCUAUGGACUUUAUAGUGGUUGCUAGCCAAGCUCGUCCCUGAACACGCGCAAACGUUCAACACCCUUUUUGGAUAAAUAAAUGACCCUUUUUUAUACCUUAGAGGGUCUCAAAGUGCAGGAAAUUCAAUUUUAGGGCCAAAAGUUUCCAUUUAUGUAUCUACAAAGGACUAGAAAGGCUGACUUUUCGAUAUCUCUAAUUCUUGAUCAGGCAAUAUUGUAGUUGGGUUGCUGUUGUUUAAUUAGCAAAUCAUUUAUAGUUAUUAUAAUUUUAAGUAUGUAAGCCGGGUACUGGAAUAAGUACUCUGUUGAGUUAGAUAGGAUUUAUAAAACUCUGAACGAUACAGAAAUAGAUGCAAGAACAAUUGAUAUAGAUAAAUACUUCAUACGAAAUGAAGAAUUCGAUAGAAGAUUUAAAACAAUGUCUUACAAUGGAGAUUUAAAGUCUCAAGAUGUUUUAAAGUUCUUCAAGUUAAACAUGUCCAACAAGUUGAGGUUCAUCUUCUUAUUGGCCACUCAUAAACAGCACAGAUUAAAGAAGUUUGCUAGGCAAACUCUGGGUUAAUAUAUACUUGCUUUAAUGGAAACAAUUCAAGCUAGCCAACUCAAGGGAGGAUUAACAUUGAGCAAGUGUGUCACUAAUCUUGUUAACUUCUAUAAGAAGUGCUCUUUUAGUCUAGCUGAAGCACCAUUUAGUUCAUGGGCAGAGAGGGGAACUAAAAUGAUGUGUUUUGAGUUAACCAUGGAGGAAGAUGAUAAUGAAGAGGAAAGGAUUCCUGAAAGUGCUGUAAAAUAAAAAAUAGCAGCAGUUAAACAGACUGUUGAUAAGAAACAGGCUGUAGCAAAGAAGAUUAGGAAGCCAUUACGAGAGAAGAGUGCAUUCGAUUAUGAUAUUUCAUCACUUUUAUCGGAUGACGAUGACGUUGGACUUGCACCUGCUAAGAAGCAAAAGCCAGUUCAAAUUGACACCUCUACCAUUAAAGUUGCCGCCACAAUAAAAUAGGUGACUAAAACCAGAGUUAAACCUUUACCUAAGACUUCUACCACUGCUAUUAUGACUUCUAAAAAUGUCAUAGAUGGUGAUACUGACUAUGAGGAGGUAAUGAGUGAUGAGAAGUCAGUCAAGUCCAAGAUAACGACCAAGCCCUCAAACGGUUGCCUCAAUAAACAUUGUAUUGCCGGAGACUGUGGUGGUAAACUCAUCAAAGGGAACAACUGGUAUGUACACAAUGAACGCAAGCAUAGACCAAUACUUAAGCCUUUACCGGUUAAAUACUAUAAAUGCACAGUGUGUGAAGAAGAGAGACGCUAUGAUAGAUUUCCUGCUAAGAAUAGAUCUGUUUGUGUGUUUUGCCUAGAUGGGAAAUCUUGUAGAGGGUCAGUCAAGGGACUCGAAAAAGGAAGGUAAAACGUUUAUAAAAGAUAGAAAACUGCUGUACAUAUGGCAGUAAUAGAACAAGCCCACGAUGAAGUCGAUGUAGUCAGGCAACUCAAAGCCAUUGAGACAAAUACUAAAAGCGUUUAUAUAAAUGCUUCAGUCAUAUAAGACAUCUGUAGCAAGUUUAACAAAGACUUAGUAAUUGAUUUCUUCUCUAAAGGCCACACCUCAUGGGUAAGAGCUAUCGUAACUCUGAGCCAAAUGGAAUUAACUUUAAGAACAGAGACUUUAUCAUAGUUUAAGUUCUAGAUUGCCAAACGAUAUGACAGCCGGAUAGGUAUCUGGUGCUCAACAUAUUGGAACUAUAUAGAGGAGGAUUAGUUUGCAUUGCUUAAAUCCCUUAUGAACAGCCCUUCUGCUGUUGACGACAGCGUCCUUAUGGUCUCUCUUUGUUCUUAAGUUGGUGGUGAUGUAGAGGAAUACAUCAACGUUAUAUCGGCGUUUACAUAAUCAUAUGUUACAGCUAUACAUUCAAUCCGUGAUAUUCUUUUGUAAAUAUCAGUCGCCAAAUGGCAAGAAUAGAUUGAACUUGCGCAUGCAACUUCCACAGUUAUUGAUUGUGAUACCAUACAGAAAUCGCUCGAUGAGUUUAUCGCCAAGUAUUGGAAGCCAGAUCCUAAAUUUGCUACUGAUCUGUCACUUGCAGGGGAUAUCCGCUUUCAGUUCUUUACCAAAGUUGUGUUAAAUCCUCCCAACAAUAAGUAGUUCGCGUUAGCUUAAUACUGUCUCGGCUUGCUCAGGACUCAUAACAGAUAAAUGUGGUGCGUUCCUUCUGGCUAAGGUAAAGGUAGAAUCGAGCAUACACUAGCUGUUUUCGCAUUGAUGCUUGGAUUCUCAAAGGUCUAUAUCUUCUACCCUUCUAAAUAGCUCUGCGAUAGAGAUGCUAAUGAAUUCUCAACCUAUCUAGAUUUUGUCGAGAAGGAUCAGAUACAACAUUGCAUUGGAAUUGAUGGUGUAGUAGUCAGAGAUAAUGAACUCGCAAUAUUUGAUGAAGGCGACGCUAUCAUGCACAGUGAUCCUGAGAAGUUCAGAGACUUUAUAUCGAAGUGUUUAUGUGUUUGCUUCACAGCCACUCCAGAUGACCAAGAUUCUAGAGAUGUAGAUAUACAAGUUCUUAAAGCAAUGACAUUCCCAACCUUCUACUAUCUACCAGCAAUGCCUGUCACUGAAAAGGCUGCUGAAGUUAAGAAGCUCUCUCAAACUGGACCUGUUGUUAUUCACUGUACCACUACACUGUAUGACGAACUUAAGAAGCUUGAUCUAGAGCUGAUAGAGGCUGAUGAGAAUGUAAACCAUCAGAUCUUGAGAACCCUCGGCCUGAAAGUUAAUGAAAAGUUCAGAGUAGUGGUGGCUCUCACAACAGCUUCCAUGAGAGGUCUUGACUAUAGGUCAUCUGUUGACGGAAUCAUUAUAUCAUUGCUGAUAGCUAAAUCAUUUUUGAAUAAAAGAGAAGCAAUACAAGGCUUCUACAGAGUAGGUAGGUUCGGUGACAAGUGCUAUAGAGUAUCCUUUAAGGAUGUGGACCUGAUAGACGCUAAAGCCGAGCUCACAUACAAACUCAACGCAUUCAAGUUUUUGUAAGCUCUGUCCAGAAAGACUAUCCAAAUGAAGCAAAUUAAUGCAACAGACCUAACAGGGCAAAAUAAGAAGACACCAGCAGCUACAGGUAAGACAACACCGACAAGACAAGAUAAGAAUCCUACAACAAGGCAAAUCAAGACAUCUUAUUAAUGGUCGAUGGGUAGAAAGAGAACAAAUGCGCUAGUGCCAUAGUUGUUGGAAAAGAAAAAAGAGCAUAUCGAAUAGGCUUAGCAGCCAUUCGAGUGA